AUGGAGCAAGCCCUCCGCGGCCAUGCGACGGAAGAGGUGGCCGGGCGCAGGCCGUCCCCGCCGGCGCGGUUCACGCCGCUGGAGCUCGCGGCGGCCGAGCUGCUCGUCCACCUCAGCGAGAGCAGCUGCUCCACCGGCGCGGCCUUCACCCCGCGGGGAUCGGGGACGGCAGCGUCGGCGUGCUACUCCUCGUCCUCCUCCCCGCGGUCCGUCAACGCGCCGCCCGCCGCACCCGCGUUAGACGACCUCGUCGUCCACGCGAUGAAACAGGAGGACGACGACGACGAGGGCCAGCAGGAGGUGGGCGGGAGGCCGCGGAGGAACAGGAGGUACAGAUCGAUCACGGAUAUCUACGACGCGACCCAGCCGUAUGGGGCGCGCCGCGGGAAGGCUAAGACCGGCGCCGGCUCCGGCGCCGACGCCGGCGGCACGAUGGAGAAGAGAAGGAAGUAGAAGGAUCACGGGGGCUUGAUAGUUCGCACGGAGUAGCCUAAGACAAGGGAGUUUGCCUGUACUUAGGGUAGCUAGCAGGGAGUAGCUUAAGAGAUCAGUAGAUCAAAAUAAUGUUCCAGUCCGAAUCUUCUCUUCACAGAGGAGUUACUGGG